AUUGUCAUAAAAAUGUAGUUGUCAAAUUCCUGCUAUAUUUUCACGAAAAGGGAAUCGGAAUGAAAUUGAUCUAAAACUUCUACAUAAUAACGUGUAUAUUCCUGAUUGGUGCUGUUAUGAAAAACUUAGCUCACAAAAAAUAUACUUGUAAAUUAAUUGAUCAGAAGUUGUACUCCGGUAACUAAAGCAAAGGACACGUAAGCCUUAAAUUUCACAGUCUUUCGAAGUUUUUGGAAAAUAUGCGGCGUUACAUUUUUUUUGUGUUGUGCUUGUGUAUCGGACUAUCAAUUGCCGAGUUACUUGGUCCAGAAACUCAAAAAGAAAGUAAAAAAAGUGAGGAUGAGGAUGAAUCGUCCGUUACCGUCGAUACUGAGUCUAAGGUGGAUCCUGAGUAUUUCAAAGCUCUAACUGAUGCCGUCAAUAAGGACAUCAUAACCCUCCAGGAGUUUGCAGAUGCUAUGAGAGACAUUAAAGGGCAAAAAGAUGAUGAAAACAAAGAAAACAAUUUAGAUAGAGUGGAAUUCACUUUGAAAUUGCUGAAAAAUAGGCUGCUGAGCAUCACUGAACCUAACUGGAUAAAUCUAAACGACAAGGGAGAUAUGACUUCCAAUGAGAUUGAGCAAAAGACAGAUGAUAGCCCUCAAAACAUUUUGGAUAAUUUACUUCCAGCACCAGAGGAGGAAGAGGAGGUACUAACACCAGAAUUACAAGAAGCAAAAGAGAUGUAUGAUGCAGCUAUGGCAAAGCUGCGUCGCCGCUCACCAGACCUGCGUGGCGCUAUUCUCACCAUUCAGCAGGCGGCAAACAAGGGCUAUAUUCCUGCCAAAAUUAAGCUUGCAUGGUCACACAUAUUCGGCGAAGGGGUAGAAUUGGACAUUGAAAAAGCUAAAGUGAUAUUCGAGACACUUGCUGAAGACGGGAUCGCGGAUGCACAUGCGGGCAUGGGCUUCUUACACGCGACUGGAUUAUCAGUUCCUGUGUCCCAGGCUAAGGCUUUAGUCCACUACACGAUAGGAGCCGCGGGCGGUAGCGACUAUGCCCAGAUGGCGUUAGCGUACCGUUAUUGGUCCGGAGUGUCGGUCAUCUCGUCCUGUCCCAAAGCUAUGGAUCUUUACAUGAAAGUGGCCGCGAAAGUGGCGAGUCAAGUGAGUUGGAGCGGUGGGCCGGCGAUACACCGGACGCGGCUCGUGGACGAGGCGGAGGGGGCGGGGGGAGCGCUGGACUCCGAUCUCAUAGAGUACUACCAGCUGCUGGCUGAGAAGGGCGACGUGCAGGCGCAGGUGGGACUCGGGCAGUUACACUUCCAGGGUGGUCGCGGGGUUACAUUGGACAUCAAUAAAGCUCUGCACUACUUCACUCAGGCCGCUAACACUGGAAAUUCUGUUGCUAAUGCGUUCCUGGGCAAGAUUUAUCUUGAAGGUGGUGACGGCAUCAAGCCGGACAACGAGACCGCCCUGAGGUACUUCAGUAAGGCGGCAGAACUCAACAACCCCGUCGGACAGAGUGGACUCGGCAUCAUGUAUCUGCAAGGUCGAGGAGUCCCUAAAGAUACGAGGAUGGCCUUUAAGUACUUCACUAUGGCAGCCAAUCAGGGUUGGGUGGAAGGACAAUUGCAUCUCGGUUUUAUGUACUUUGGCGGCAUAGGUGUCCGUAGGGACUUCAAGCAGGCGAACAAGUACUUCUCUCUGGCGUCACAGUCUGGACACGUGCUGGCUCUAUACCACCUGGGACACAUGCACGCGCAGGGACUCGGUGUACUGCGCUCUUGCACUACUGCUACUGAGUUAUUCAAGAACGUAUGCGAGCGCGGGUGGUGGAGCUCGCGGCUGAUGCUGGGGCACGCGGCGUGGCGCGCGCGGGACUCGGACUCGGCGCUGCUCCAGUACCUCGCGCUGGCCGAGCGGGGACUCGAGCUGGCGCAGACCAAUGCCGCGUAUAUACUCGACAACGGCGAGGGUAGCGUGUUCGGCGAGGAGUGGCGGCACGCGCGCGCGCUGCAGCUGUGGUCCCGCGCCGCCAGCCAGGGCUGCGCCAGCGCGCGCGUCAAGCUCGGCGACUACCACUACUACGGACUCGGGACCAAGCAGGACCUCGAGGCCGCCGCCUAUCACUACAGGAUAGCGUCCGAGCAGCUGCACAACGCGCAGGCGACGUUCAACCUGGGCUACAUGCACGCGCGCGGGCUGGGGCUGGCGCAGGACCUGCACCUCGCCAAGCGCUGCUACGACCUCGCGGCCGACACCUCCCCCGACGCGCGCCUCCCCGCCGCGCUCGCCCGCGCCGCCCUCACCGCCACGCACGCGCUGCACGACAUACUGCAGUCUGCACAAGAGAGUCCGCUGGCGAUGAUAUUCCUGAGCGGGGAGUCCACGUUGGUCUCGAAUUGGGACCUGUAUCUCAUCACGCUGCUGUUGGGAGCCCUAGGGCUCGUCGUCUAUUUGCGUAGGCCUGCGCUACCGCCCCGCUGAUUCUUAUUUAUAGCAGUAUAGCUGCCACACUAAUUGCCACCGUCUUGAGACAAUGUAAUAUUGAUAUUUUUUCCUAGACUAAGUAGUGAGUUUCUAAGUGGAAUAUCAUUGGGCAGGUGUCUAAUAACAUAAAAUUUACAUUUAUACCAAAGGAAAAUGUUUAUAUAUAUAAUCAAUAUAAAACUAAACUAUUUGUAGUUGAAAUUCAGAUUCGUGACUAGGUAUGCAAAAACCUAACUCUCUAGUCAUAGGAACCGUUAUCGUGGCGAAUAUAAUGACUUUUGGUUGAUAAAUCUGGGAUAAAUGACUAAGUUGGCAACACUGCUGUCACAUCCAAAUUUAUCAUACGUUCUUCGUUAUUAAAGUACAUGUCAAAGUUGUAGUAAUGAAAUGAAAUAGCACUAUAACAUCGUUAAGAUUUCGUAUCCUAUGGUUAAGAGUUGUAGCUAAAGUUAUGCGGUGGUUCGAUUUCUGAAUUAAGAAAUUUAGUAUAAAAAUAUUUGAUAUCUAAUUUUAACUUUUAUAAUAAUACCACGUAAACUGAACGCUAUAAGUUUCAGUAGAGAGAAGAACCGAUUAUCGCUUAGUAAAUAUUAUAGAAAUAAAGAUAUAUUCAUUAUUAAAUGAGAUUUUGUUAAAUUAGUUGUAAUUAUUUAACGUACAGUUAAAAAUAAGUACAUUUUCACUAGAAAUUACGUUUACAUAUUUAAUUGUUACUAGGUUCAUUUGCGAUACAACGCUCUGAAAUUGAAACCGAGACUGAAAAUAUAAAAAAGAGUUAUCAU